AUGUUUAUCAGGUUCCACUGUUCUGAAUUACUGAAGGAUCUAUUUUUCCACCACAACUGGAGCUCUCAGCCUUGAGUCAUGUUAAAAGAAGUCAAAUUACCCUCCUUUUCCAUUUAUGGGCUGCAUUGGUGUUUCAUGGAGCUUGACAAAGAGGAGUUUGAGAUGUUCAAGGAAUUCCUAAAGGAAGAAAGUUCAGAACAGGUGAAAGUCUCUCUUCCGUGGUCUGAAGUGAAGAAUGCCAAUGCGGAAUGCCUAGCCUCCCUCUUGCAUGAAUAUUAUAUGGGACCUCUUGUCUGGGAGAUAUCCAUUGAUGUCUUUGAAAAGAUGAAACUGCCAGAACUCUCUGAGAUAGCAAAGAAUGCACUGAAAAAGGAUUACGAACAAAUAGAGGCUUAUCCAGGACCAAGCCUGGGAGAAGUGCCAGAAAUUCCACAAGCUAUAGAACAAUACGGUAAGAGAGCAGCAGAGAUAAUAGAAGAACAAGGAUCCCCUGACUUUUUUAAACUAAAAUCCAGGAUUUCUUUAACUUUGUUUCUUGUUUUUCUUCUACCCUUUCCUGACUAUGUAGAUGACAAAUGGGACUACAGGGCUCAUCUGAUGACAAAAUUCGCCAGGGAGCUGGAUGUAUACCAUGGUUUCGGAGAAUUUGCUACUGACUGGUCACAAAUACAAAGUUUGGUUGGUGUUUUCAAUUCAGACAGGAGGGGCCAGUCUUGCACUGUGGUUCUUCAUGGGAAAUCAGGCACUGGGAAAUCAGCUUUGAUCAAGAGGAUCAUGCUUCACUGGGCAAAAGGACAACUCUACCAGGGCAUAUUCUCCUAUGUCUUCUUUCUCCAUGCUAGAGAGAUGCAACACAUGAGGGAGGGCAGUUUUGCUGAGUUAAUUUCCAUGGAGUGGCCAGACUCCUGUGCUCCAGUGACGGAGAUCAUGUCCCAACCAGAGAGGCUCCUGUUUGUCAUCGAUGGUUUUGAUGACCUGGACUUUGCCCUCCAAGAUUGUUCUGAGAAGCUCUGUGAAAACUGGGCAGAAAAACAACCUGUGUCUGUCUUGAUGUGCAGCCUGCUGAAGAAAGUCCUGCUCCCGGAGUCCUCCUUACUAAUCACAGUAACAGACAUAGGCAUCAAGAAGCUCACACCAGUGGUGGUGUCUCCCCAUUACCUAUUUGUUGGGGGAAUCCCGGUGGAACUGAGGACUCAGUUUAUCCUCCAGGGCACUGUGGAUGAGCAACAAAAAAUGCCAAUCUUAACAUCAGUGGUGACAAACACCCAGCUCUUUGAUGAGUGCCAGGUUUACAACAUGUGCUGGCUGGCCAGUGUGGCUCUGCAGCUGCAGCAUGUGGCAGAAAGGGAUGCGCCCCCAACUUGCCAAACCUUCACGAGCUUGUGUGCCACUUUCAUGUUCCACCAGUUCAAGCCAGAAGAUGACCUUUGGUGUUGUCUCAAUGGGGAAGAAAAAGCUGUCUUGAAGAACCUGUGCCAGAUGGCUGUGGAGGGUGUGUGGAAUAUGAAGCUGGUGUUUUACAGUGGUGACCUGGGUGUCCACAGGUUGAAGGAGUUGGAACUCUCUGCUCUGUUUCACAUGAACAUCCUUCCCCAGGAUGUCCUGUGCGAGGGCUGUUACACUUUCUUUCACCACAGCCUUCAGGAGUUUUGUGCUGCCUUAUACUAUGUUCUAGAGGGAUUGGAAAGAAAGCAUGAUCCAUCCCCACUGUGCAUUGAGAAUGCAAGGAGCCCAAUGGAGAUUCGACAAGUUGGCUUCAACUCCCACUUGCUUCAGAUGAAACGUUUCUUGUUUGGCCUCAUGAACAAAGAGUUGGUGAGAAAGCUGGAGGCCCUGCUUGGCCAUGGUGUCCCUCUGGUGAUAAAGGAGGAGCUUCUGCAGUGGGUCUCUCUGUUAGGUGAACAGGCCAGCACCACCUCACCACUUGAUUUCCUGGACGCCUUCCACUGCCUUUUUGAGACUCAAAAUGAAGAAUUUGUCCGCUUGGCAUUGGGCAGUUUCCAAGAAGUGUGGCUUCCAAUUAACCAGCAAAUGGACUUGCUGGUAUCUUCUUUCUGUCUCCAGCACUGCCAGUAUUUGCAGAGGAUUCGGCUAGAUAUCAAAGAAAUCUUUUCAACAGAUGAGAUCACUGAGGCAGGGCUUGAAACUCUCCAAAGGACGACGCCUAAGGCCCACGUUACUGUGUUCUGGCAAAACCUCUGCAUGGUACUCAGCACCCAUGAGACCCUGAGACUGCUCGACCUGAGUGGCAGUGUUCUGAACAAAUGGGCCAUGAGGAUCCUCUGUUCCAAGCUGAGGCGUCCAACCUGCAAAAUACAAACUCUGAUAUUUAAAAAUGCACAGAUUACCCUUGGUCUCCAACAUCUCUGGACUACUCUUAUCAACCAGGAGCUAAAAAACCUUUACUUGGAAAGCAUGCACCUAAGCAAUGAAGACGUAGAGGCAGUGUGUGGAGCACUGAAACAUCCACACUGUUUGCUGGAGUCUUUGAGGUUGGACCGCUGUGGGUUAACUUAUACCUCCUGUCUGGAACUCUCCCAAGUCCUGGUUGUAUCCGCCAGCCUUAGCUCCCUCAGCCUGGCAGGAAAUAAGGUGACAGACGAAGGACUGAAGACACUCUGCAGUGUUUUGAAUUUCACAAGAAGCAACCUAAAGAAGCUGAUACUGGGGAACUGUGGCCUCACAGCUGCUGGCUGCGGUGACCUGGCCUUGGCCCUCUUUACCAACCAGAACCUGACUCACCUGUGCUUGUCGGACAAUGACCUGGGGAGUGAAGGCAUGCAACUGCUGUGUGGAGCCAUAAAAAACCCCAACUGUGGCCUAAAAAGGCUGAUACUAAGUCAGUGCAACCUGGAUGUAACCAGUUGUGGCUUUCUUGCGUUUGCACUCAUGAAAAACAGAAGACUGACACAUCUGACCCUCAGCAUGAACCCACUGGAAGACAAUGGGAUAAAGAUGCUGUGUGAGGUCAUGAAGGAACCAUCUUGUUACCUCCAAGACCUAGAGUUGGUGAGGUGCCAUCUCACGUCUGCUUGCUGUGAGGAUCUGUCCUGUGUGAUCGCAAGAAACCCGCACCUGAAGAGCCUGGACCUUGCCUACAAUGCCCUGGGGGACAGCGGGGCAGCACUGCUGUGCAAGGGGCUGAAACACAAGCAGAGCUCUUUGACGAGGCUUGGGUUGGAGGCAUGUGGGUUGACUUCCACCUGCUGUGAGGAGCUGUCUUUGGCCAUCUACCACAACCAGAGCCUGACCAGUCUAAACCUGAUGCAGAAUCUUCUUGACCCUGUUGGAAUAAGUAAGCUGUGUUCAGCCUCGGCAUGUCCCAAGUCUAAUUUACAAAUAAUUGGCCUGUGGAGAGGGGACUAUACUGAGCAAACAAAGAAUCAGCUGGAGAAGUUGAAAAGGGUGAAGCCCAAAAUCGUGAUUGAUGGUAACUGGUAUUCUUUUGACCAAGAUGACCGGUAUUGGUGGCAAUACUGAAGACAUGAAAACCCUCCCACUCACACCCAUUUUGCUGGAGGAACUUUAGAGCUGUUUUCAUGGGACAAGCUGUUCCCCGGAGUUCCUUCUUAAAGGUGGAAAGUGAUUUCAGAUUCUCACAAAGCCCCCUUGAUGGUAGUGAUUCUUCUAUGUUUGAGACAAUUUGGUGACUGCAUUUGCUUCUGACUUAGGUUUGUGACUUUCAAAUCAUAGAACCUCAGUAUCUAUGGAAUGUCUGCCCUAACUUGGGGCAUAUAGAGAGAAUUAAAUGAAAUAAAC